AUGCUGGGCGGCGCGCUGCUGGGACGCGAGGCGUCCCAGAAGGUGUCAAAACCCGAACUCUUUGUUGUGGCGCUCCAGGUUUCGGGGACGCUGACCGGCCUGCUGCGCGCAGCGCUGAUAGACGGCUCCUUCCACUACCAGCCCUUCGUCGUGAUGGCGGUGCACCUGACGGCCCCAAACCGGUCCCGCGCGGCCCCGCUCGCCGCCGCCGCUGCGGCAGCAACAGCAGCAGCAGCCGCGGUCUCGCGGGAGCGUGCGGGGCGCCUGCUCUGGUCCGCCGUCGCCGCGCAGCUUGCGGCCGCCGCACGCGCCGGGGUGGGGGAUCGAGGCGUGACGGAAACAACCGCGCUCUCCACCGGGAUCCAGAUCGCGCUCGCGAGCGACGAACUCCGCGCCCUGUUUCGGGACCUGGCGUCCCACGCGCCCGCGCUGCGCCAAAUCCUCGCGGCGCUGACAAACCGCGUCCGGCCCGGCGGCGGCGGCGGCGGCGGCAGCUGGGAUGGCUGGGGCGAGGACACCGUGCGCUGCUGCCUCACGCUGCUGCAGGGCGCGGUCGAGUCGGACCUGGAUGCCACGCGCGCGUCCGCAGGAACGGCGGCGGCGCUUGAGGCGCCCCUGCUGGCGGUGCUGGCGGGGGCGCCCGCCCUUCUGGAGGCCGGCGGCAAGUCCACGUGCCCCGCCCUCGCCGCAGUCCUGCUGCGCGCCACCAUGCACCGCGGGGCCGGCGUGCCAGCGCCGCUGGUCGUCUGCGGGGACCGCUGGGCGCUCGACUUCGCUGCGCCGCGGCACGGCGCGCUGCGCGCGCUGGUCGGCGCCGCGCGCCGCGGGCCCGCCGCGUACGCGGCGCCUGGCGGCGGCGGCGGCGGCGCCGCCGCCAGAGGUCACCUCCCGCCCAUCGACCCCGCGUCCCUGGGCGCCCAGAUCGCGGGCACCCUCGGUGCCGUCGCCUAUGCACUCAAGGAUCCCUACAACCCUGCCGCGGCGCCCGCGGCGGCGAGGGGCGCGGCCGCGGCGGCGCUGCCGCCAGUUGCUGAGCUGCGGGCCCUCGUGUGGGGCGGCCUCGCGGCGGGCGGCCGGGAGGGGCUGAGCAGGACGCGGACCGUGGCGCUGCGCUCGACCUCUGCGCAGUAUGACAUGGCCGCCACGCCCGGCGUGCUCGCCUGGCUGGCGGCGGCGGCCGUCGAAGGCGCGGGCGUCCCCGGCCCCGCCGGCUCGACGUCGGGCUCUGCGCUGCAGGUGCUGCACACACUCUGUGGCGGCCAGCCGGGCCUGCCGCCGCCGCGCGGCUGCGUGCCGUGCACGGACCCUGGGUGCGUGGACGCGACCUGUCCACUGCGCUUUCGCGCGCCAAGCGUGGCCGUCGCGCUAGAGAGGGCAGCCGUGGCCCUGCGAACUGUUGCCGAGUACGCUGGCGCCAGAGGGGCCGACGGCGACGACGCCGCGUCGCCGGCUGCCAACGCUGCCGCGGCGCUCGAGGCGCUGCUGGCCGGGCGGCUGCGCGGCGGCGUCGCGAGCGGCUUGGGCGGCGGCGCCAGCUUUGAGGCGGCGGUUGCGGCGCCACCAGCUCGGCAGAAAGCGAUACCGUCUUGCGCCGCGUGCGGAAAGGGCCAGGCGCAGGACGGUUCGAAAUUCAAAAAGUGCGGCGCCUGCGGGAUCCCGAGGUGA